ACUUAUUAAAUAGUUCAAAAUGAAAUUUUGAACAAACAAUGUAAAAGUUAAUUUAAAACCUGCUGUCUACAACAAGUAAGCUGCUGAAAUGGGAAAGUCAAGCGUGUCUACGAGAGCUUUGGUGGAAAAUGAGAUAAAUAACAGCGCAACAUAUACGCCGACUCCUAAUGAUAAUCAGGAUGCAGACAUUUUCUUUCGUCAGGAGAACGCGUCUAAAGGCUUCGUAUAUCAGCGCGCGAAGAAUGUACGGGGACAUAAAUAUAAAUACGAUAAGUUGGGUUCUGAUGUCACGACAGAGAGUGCACUCGGAGAGUUUUUGCGGAAACGGAGUGCCCUGGAACGCAUGCUGAUGAUCAUGCUAGCUCUUAUUCUAUUCAUACUCGCCAUUCUUAUUAUUGCUUUCAUCGCAUCCACAUCCCAACCAAUACCAAGCCAAAAAGAAAAAGAACUGUGUUUAACGGAGACAUGUGUGCGAGUGGCUGGUGAGAUCCUUUCCAAGAUGAAUAAGUCGGUGGAUCCAUGUACAGAUUUCUACACAUACUCGUGUGGGAAAUGGCUUACGGAAACUAUUCCUCCGGACAACUACGGCUCAUGGAACGCUUUCCAGGUGCUGAAUGAAGAACUGAAGCUGAAAACGAAGCAAAUCCUGGAUGACUGGGGCAGUGAAAUGAAGGCUUUGGCUGCGAGUGAAAAAGAAGACCAGGAAAGAACAAAGAGAGCAGCUGAACCAAGACCAGCAGCAAAGUUGCUGGACUCACAGAGGAAAACUUACACUUUUUACAAAUCAUGCGGCGGAAAUGCAAGAGAAACGUUGGGUGCGAGUCCAAUGCUCAAAAUUCUUGAGUUUAUCGAUGGAUCGACGGUGUUUGCUGAUAAUGCCACGGUAGCCAAUAUAGACUUCAAGGUGACAGACAGGAAGAUAACGGAGAAGUUCGGAGGCAGCUUCUUUUACGACAUGGCAGUAUAUCCCAAAAAUUCAAACACCAGUAAUAACAUCCUGACGAUUGGUCCACGAACUGACUUAAGUUUGGGCACAUACUCUACUUACAAAAACAUCUCCGAUACAGACAACCGAAUGAAGGCAUUCAAAUACGCGAUGGAAGAGGCGUUCUACUUACUCACUCGCUCACUUUCAAACGUAGUUCUUGACAAUGCACUCAAGACAAGAAUUGCGGGAAAGAUCCAGGAAAUAAUCGACCUGGAGAUCAGUUUUUCCAAAAUCAUCACGGACCAAGAUGCGAUCCAAACAAUGCCGACGGAAGAGACUUACGAGAUCACGACUCUGAAAAGACUGAAAGAAAUGGUGCCUCAGGUGGAUUGGGAUGGGAUCCUGGGCAAUUUAUUCACCGGAGUGGGCAUCAAGAUCACUGACGACGAACCCAUUCAGCUACUAGACCCUCUCUUCUUCCUAAGAGUUGGCGAUUUUGUCAGCAACUCUUCGAAAGAGAUUCUGCAGAACUAUCAGUUCUGGAGAGUGAUCGACAUUUCGAUGAGUAGUAUUAACCAUGACUUCGAAAUCAUCAAAGCCAACUUGACCCUGGUGGCAAAAGGAUCUAACUCCGGAAUGCGUCCUCGAUGGGAACAGUGUGUGAAUCUCAUCAACGCACAUAGCAUAGUGGGCAAUGUGAUCGGGGCAGAGUUUAUCCGAGACUACUUCAACCCGUCUAGUAAGCAGAAAGUGCGAGACAUGAUCCAGAGCAUCCGCGACUCCUUCGUCUACAGUCUGGAUUACCUCACGUGGCUGGACCCCGCCACCAGAGCAUACGCAGUAAGGAAGGCCAAGGCCAUGCACGACUUCCUCGCAUACCCGGAUCAGCUGCUCAACAACACAUAUGUGGGAAAUCUACUCGAGGGGGUUGAUUUUGACGAAGAUUCGUACUACGAAAAUCAGUUGCAGCUGGGCUACUUUUCAUCGCGACAGGAUCUCCUGAAAUUGCGCAAACCAGUCGACAAAUCAGAGUGGGAGAUGACUCCGCAGCAGAUCAAUGCUUACUACGUUCCAGCCAAAAACUCUUUCACCUUUCCCGCGGGAAUUCUUCAGAAACCUUUCUACUCUGAGGAGUACCCGAUGUCCUUCAAUUACGGGGGCAUCGGGGUGGUGGUGGGCCACGAGCUCACUCAUGGAUUUGAUACACAGGGGCGCACAUAUGAUUUGGAGGGCAACCAGCGAGAGUGGUUCAAGAACGAGACGGCCCAGAAGUUCACCGAUCUAUCUCAGUGCUUCGUCAAGCAGUACUCCCACUACCAUGUGUAUGAUAUGCCGGUUGACGGAGUGUUGACUCUGGGGGAAAACAUUGCAGACAACGGCGGAAUAAAAAACUCCUAUCAGGCCUACAAGGAGUAUGAGCGGGAACAUGGAAAGGAGUUGAUCUAUCCAGGACUCGGGUUGACUCACGAUCAGAUAUUUUUCGUCGCUUUCGGACAGAUUUGGUGCAAUAUUCAAACUGAGGAGGCAGCCAGAUAUCGAAUAGAGUCAGAUAGUCACGCGCCGGAGCAAAUCAGAGUGCCGGGUGCAGUGUCAAACUUGAAAGAAUUUGCAGAGGCGUUCAACUGCAAGCGCAACACUCCUAUGAAUCCCCAGGAAAAAUGCGCAGUAUGGUAAAACCGAAACAUACUCAUCCCAUUAUAACAGCAGGAAACUUGUUUUUAGUUAUCAUGAAUAUGACAAACGACUCUAUACCAGGUUGUGUACAGUGGCAAUUUGCAUCUGACAGUCCCUUUCAUUUUGAGAAGAAGAACAAAAUAGUUCGAACCUUUACGGUCUUGUUUCAAAUGAUUUACGCAUGCUAUUUUGUAUAUUAUCAAUCGAGCAAUUUGGGAAUGGAUUCCAAAACUCUUGGCUCUGCUAUGGGUAGUUUACUUGUUAGUCUGUUUCCUUCUGUGUACAUUAAAAUUAGAUAGCAGUGUUGUUGUGUUUCGUUGAUCGUUUUCGGUGCUGCAUUAGUUCAGUGUCACGAUGCUAGAAGGUACAGACGAGAUAGCGAGAGAGACCGAGAGAUAUUGCAUCGUGGCUCGCUGUUAGAUUGCGUUUAAAUUGGUUUCAAUUUAAGUGUAAAAGAACGAAGUGAUUUUCACUUUUAUAGGUCCUGAUGAUUUAUAGGUCCUUUGCGAUUGACUUGUGAUUUCUGUUUAGGUUCACUUCGUUUCCUCUAUUACAUGAAGGCAAACUCCACUAGCAAGCAGCAAAAGUGAAUAAUUUGUGAAAAACGCAAAUGACUUCUACUUUCAAAAAAGGGCUUUAUUUUUCUGAAUUCACAGCGGAUUGAAAAAAAAUACAGUUUGGUCUAGCUUUUUCUAAAUGGGAUUUUUAUACGAAAGAAGUAUCACUCAUAAAACGUCCUUGAAAUUCAAAGGGCUUUAACGUGAUAUGUUAUGUCUUCUAAAUUCGAAUGAAAAAUGUUCAAAAGUUUUCAAUCAAAUUUUUUUUUCGGUUUCAUUCUUCCACGUUUUUUCCAACUGCCUGUUGGCUAUGUUUUUAGUCAGUUAUUCGAGAAGUUGAAUGAAUGUCAAAUUCAUUGAAAUGGGAUUGCAUUACCAACCUACUUUUGAGAACGAGAGUUUCUGCUAACGUCAAAUUCACUUCACUGAGUUGUACUAAUACGCAUGUAUAGUAGUAUACUUAGACAUGUUUUCCUUUUGGAACCCCUGUUUCUAUUUUAAAAAUUGUUCCCUGAACGUGUAGAUUAAGCUUGUGAAAAGUUCAUCGCAGUUUAUCUCAACCUAACCCUGUUCAUAUUGAUGUAUAUUUAUUUUGAUCAAUAAUUUUUAAUUUCAGUAAUUAAUAAUUGUGAAUUUAUUUUUAAACUAG